UAUUUGAGUCUUAUUCGUUUUAAGAUAAUUUUAGAUUUCAUCAAAUUUGAGUCUUAUUGGUUUCAAGACCAUCUAGAAUUUAUUUGGUUUGGGUUAUUUUUGUAAAAUUUAAAGUAAAUAUAUAUUUAUAAUUUCUAUAAUAUUUUAGAAUGAAAUUUUUUAUUCUUGUUGAAAAGAAAUCCUAAUUUGAUGCCGAGAAAACAUAGGAAUUCUCGAAUGAAAUCACUGUUUGAAUAGGAUUGAACUACAAUUUAGACAUCUAUAAAUUAGGGAACCCUGAAACCAGAAAAUCACAUGCACCAAGUAUGAAGAAGAAGCAGGCCAGAAAAUCACACGCGCCGACUGAGAAGAACAAUACAGUUUCAAUCGCUGAUGAGUUAGUUUUUGAAAUACUCACCUACAUUCCCGUCAAAUCUCUACUCCAAUUCAGGAGUGUUUGCAAGAGCUGGCGGUCUAUGAUCUCCGACCCAUCGUUCGUUGAGGCCCAUCAAUCCCGUUCAGCCACCACUCUCCUCAUCUCCUUCCCGGACACGCGCCGCCCUAGCGGGAGGCGUCAUCUCUUCUCCAUAAGCGAUGGAGAAGCGCGCCAACUCUCCGGAUUCUCUCACUGGAAUAAUUCUCAGUCCGUAAACGGUUUGAUUUGUAUCUACGAGCAGCUUGUUCCUUCCUCUCCGAAACUAUCCUUUCGCGUGAUUGUCUGCAACCCCAGCACUGGAGAACGCGUGACUCUUCCACCCACACACUUCUCAAAGGCAGACUUCUCUUUUUGCCACCAGAACAUCUCUCUAGGGUUCGACCCGUCCACCAAGACCUACAAAAUACUAAGGGCAUGGUGGGGAAGGUACGGGGGCCCCAUACAUGAGAUUUUCACUCUAGGCAGCCACGCAUGGAGAAUCAUCAAAGAUGACCCAGAAUAUGCGUUGGAAACAAAGGGGAUUUGCCUCAACGGAACCAUAUAUUGGGCCGCAACUUUUGAUUUAUCGAAAGACAAUUCUAGCUUUGUCGUCAUGAAGAACAGAGUGAUAGCAUUCGACGUCGGAGAAGAGAAGUUCCGAUCUGUUCCCGUCCCUCCGGAAGCCCCCAUAUGGGAAAAAUACAAAUCGAACAUCAUACAAAUCGGUGGGCACAUGGCCAUUGCAGGCUGCCCAGGCCCCAGAGGUGGCGACAAGCAUAGUACUGCUAUGGUAGUCUGGAAAUUGGAGGAUUCUGUAAAUGGGGUUUGGAGCCAGAACAGAAUUCUGCUGCCCGAAUGUUGGAUACACAGGCCGGUACCAAACCCAAGAUUUCGUCGUUUUUUCGUUGCUUCCAGUGAUGGUGGUAAGAUUUUGCUGAUUCCCAGCGGGUUUUUCAGAGACUUUUCAUUGUUUCAGUGUAACAUAGAGGAAGGGUGUUUGUGGAGGGAGGCUAUACAUCGGCCACCUCAUGAUGAUUGGGUUUCUCGUUCUUUAUCAAUUGUUAGUUCUCGUCAAGUCUGUGAGUAUGUGGAAAGUCUUGUAUCUUUGAAGGAAAUUUGCAGGUUGUAGUGGUUUUGAUUCUGUUCUUUCUGAGAGGUAGUUGGUUUAAUGUUUGUUCAUCUCAGACCCAUAUAUAUUGACAAAGAAUCAACCCUU